AUGCGAAACAAUGAGAAUUCAUCUCCAUCAAAACAAUUUUCAUUAUCUUCUUUAAUACCCACUCAAUAUAUUUUCAUUAGUUCGGUUGUUCUCAUUGGAUUAUUAAACAUGUACAAAGGCUUAUUUCGAUUUUCAUUCGGAUUUAUAGCUGGUGUGGGUGCUGGUAUAGUACUUGGCUUUGUUUUUGCUGAUAGUCCAAUAGGACAAUAUAUAUUAAAAAAACGCUCCAAACCUCAAGAAACUUAA